AUGUUUAACCCACACGUGUUAGACUCCCCGGCCGUGAUCGUGGACAAUGGGUCCGGGCUCUGCAAGGCGGGCCUGUCGGGCGAGAUCGGGCCCCGCCACAUCGUCAGCUCCGUCGUGGGGCGCCCCAAGUUCCAGGCGGCCUCGGCGGGGGCCAGCCAGAAGCAGACCUUCGUGGGGGAGGAGGCCCUGCACCGGAAGGAGGCCCUGUUCCUCCGCUGGCCCGUCGAGCGCGGCCUGAUCGUCGGCUGGGACGACAUGGAGGAGCUGUGGCGGCACCUGUUCGAGUGGGAGCUGGGGGUGCGGGCCGGCGAGCGGCCGGUGCUCAUGACCGAGCCCUCGCUGAACCCCAGGGAGGCCCGGGAGAAGAUGGCCGCCGUGAUGUUCGAGACGUUCCAGGUGCCCGCCUUCUACCUGUCGGACCAGGCCGUGCUGGCCCUGUACGCCUCGGCCUGCGUCACGGGCCUGGUGGUGGACAGCGGGGACGGGGUCACCUGCACCGUCCCCAUCUUCGAGGGCUACUCCCUGCCCCACGCGGUCAGCAAGCUGUACGUGGCGGGGAGGGACAUCACCGAGCACCUCACGCGGCUGCUGCAGGCGGACGGGCGCGCCUUCCCCUGCGCGCUGCCCCGGGCCCUGGUGCCGGACAUCAAGGAGAAGCUGUGCUACGUCGCCCGGGAGCCCGAGCAGGAGCUGUCUCGGCGGGCGGAGGAGGUGCUGCGGGAGUACAAGCUGCCGGACGGGAACAUCGUCCACAUCGGGGACCAGCUGUUCCAGGCGCCCGAGGCCCUGUUCGCGCCCGAGCAGCUGGGCGUCCAGAACCCGGGCCUCUCCCGGAUGGUCGUCUGCAGCAUCGGCAAGUGCGACGCCGACAUCCAGGGCGCCCUCUACGGGGAGAUCGUGCUCGGGGGCAGCACCCUGUUCCAGGGGCUGGACGACCGGCUCCUGAAGGAGCUGGAGCAGCUGGCCGCCAAGGGGACCCCCAUCAAGAUCACCGCGCCCCCGGACAGGUGGUUCUCCACGUGGAUCGGCGCCUCCAUCGUCACCUCCCUGAGCAGCUUCAAGCAGAUGUGGGUCACCGCCGCCGACUUCCAGGAGUUCGGGACGUCGGUGGUCCAGAGGAGGUGCUUCUGA